AUGUCGAAGACCAAGGUUAGCACCAAGAGUGCCGACAAGAAGGCCUCCAAGGCCUUGAGCAAGGUCAAGGACGCCGGUGUCACCAAGGCCUCCCAGUCCCCUGCCACCAAGUCCAAGGACGUUGCCAAGAAGGUCGCUGCCAAGGAGGAGAAGUCCUCCAAGAAGAAGAGCAAGAAGGAGCCUACCCCCAGUAGCUCCGAGUCCGAGUCCGACAGCGACGAGGAGAUGAACUCCUCCAGCUCCGAGUCCGAGGAUGAGAAGCCCGCCCCCAAGAAGGAUACCAAGAAGGCCGACAAGAAGGUCGCCAAGAAGGCUGAGUCUUCUUCCGAGUCGGAGUCUGACUCCGAUGAGGAGAUGAAGGAUGAUGCCUCCUCUAGCUCCUCCAGCGAGUCCGAGGAUGAGAAGCCUGCUCCCAAGAAGACCGAGAAGGCUGUCGCCAAGAAGGCUGAGUCUUCCGACUCUUCCGACUCUGACUCCUCCGACUCCGAGUCUGAGGAUGAGGCUCCCAAGAAGGCUGAGGCCAAGAAGGCCGAGUCUUCCGACUCUGACUCUUCUGACUCCGAGUCCGAGGAUGAGAAGCCCGCCAAGAAGGACUCUAGCGACAGCGAGUCUGGCUCCGACUCCGACUCCUCCGACUCUGAGUCUGAGGAUAGUGAGGAGACUGCCAAGUCCUCCAAGAAGCGCAAGGCCGAUGAGGAGCCCGCUGCCGCUGCCAAGAAGACCAAGACCGAGGCCGCUCCCGAGGGUGCCUCCGCCAACCUCUUCGUCGGCAACCUGUCCUGGAACGUUGAUGAGGACUGGCUCCGCAGUGAGUUCGAGUCCUUCGGUGAGCUCUCUGGCUGCCGUAUCGUGACCGACCGUGAGUCUGGUCGCUCCCGUGGUUUCGGCUACGUUGAGUACACCAACGCUGCCGAUGCCGCCAAGGCCUACGAGGCCAAGAAGGGUUCCGACCUUGACGGCCGUACCAUCAACCUGGACUACGCCACUGGCCGCCAGAACAAGCAGGAGGGUGGUGACCGCGCCCAGGCUCGCGCCGGCAAGUACGGUGACCAGACCAGCCCCGCGUCCGACACUCUCUUCGUCGGCAACCUGCCCUUCAGCGCUUCCGAGGAUGCUCUCCGUGACAUGUUCUCCGAGCAGGGCUCCAUCCUGGGCAUCCGCCUGCCUACUGACCCUGAGUCUGGCCGCCCCAAGGGCUUCGGCUACAUCCAGUUCGCCUCCAUUGACGAGGCUAAGACCGCUCACGGUGCCCUCAACGGUGAGGAGCUCGAGGGCCGUUCCCUCCGUCUGGACUUCAGCACCCCCCGCCCCGCUAACGGUGACCGUGGCGGCUUCGGUGGUCGCGGCGGUGGCCGUGGUGGUGGUUUCGGUGGCCGCGGCGGUGGUGGUCGUGGUGGUGGCCGUGGCCGCGGUGGCUUCGGUGGCCGCGGCGGUGGCAGUGGCUUCGGUGGUGGCCGUGACGGUGGCUUCAACAAGGCCAAGGGCAGCAUCCCUGAGUUCAAGGGCAGCAAGAUCACUUUCUAAGCUUGUUACUGACUGUAUUUUGCUAUUACCACAUGGGUGUUAAUGGGCCAUCGGAGGCCCCGGUAUCUAAAAAAGUUGAGUGUACUCGAUAGUUUAGGAUGAGCAAAGUAAUCUCAUAUUUCCACAUAUUUA